AGCAGUCAGGGCUGACCCCAGCUCCUGGCUGUGGAGCUGCUGGGCUGAGACCCCAUAUGCACUCACAGCUCUGCCCUGUGGUGCUGCCUGCCCACUGAACCUGCCCUAUCCCAGAAAAAGGGGUCCCUGAGGCCAGGACUCACUGAGGGGCAUCUGCUCCCCCUCUGCCCCUUGGGCUCCCCCAGUUUCCCUGCCUUGGUUUCCCUGCUGGACAGCAGGCUGGCAGUAUGGGAAUGGGGCGAUGGGCUGUCAGGGGUUCUCCAGAAGUUUGGGGAAGGAUGGACACGAAGCAGAAGGAUGUCUGUGAGCUCUGGGUGUGGCUUGAUCCUGGCCACCCCUGGAACUCCAUCCCAUCAACUCAGACCCUCUCCAGCAGUGGAGUCUGAGUUGUUUGCCACCAGCAUAAGAAUCCGCAACCCGUUCUGAGGGCACCAGGCCAUGGCUCAGCCUGGUAACAGCACAACCAUUCUGUGGCACUGAGGAUCCUGAGGCAGGAUCUGUCCCACCACUGACAGACCCUAGAAUCAGUGGGAAUAGCCAGGAGGGGGCCCCUGGGAUGCACCUCAUACUCCUACUCAGCCACGGAGCGGGCACGGGGCAGCACUUGGUCCUGGCAUGAUGUGGGUUGGGUCUCACACAAGGCUGCAUUCAUCCAGAACUGUGGGGGACAGGGCAUUGCCACCUAAGAUGGGCACAGCUUAUCGCUGCCCUUAUGUAACCUGUUGCAUAAAGCGGGUGUGUGGGCAGGGGUGCUGCCAGCAGUGGGGGCUAUAAAGGUGGGUGCAGCCUCUCCUGCCCACAUCCACUCCAGGACAAGGAUGACAGCAGCACUGCCCAGCCUGGCUCUGGCCCUGCUCUACCUGCUGCAGGUAGGGGCCCAGGUCCCUGUGCAACUGGACUUGGACACUGAGAAGUUUGCAGGGGUGUGGCAUGUCACAGCCAUUGCUUCCAACUGCUCCAUCUUCCUGAAGAUGAGGGAUGGGAUGAAGUCAUCCACGGCCAUCAUCAGCUUCAUGCCAGAAGGGGACCUGGCCAUGAAGUUGGUCUGGACCUUGAUGCACAAAUGCCAAAAGUUUGAGCUUCUCUUCCAGCAGAGCGAGCAGGCAGGACACUACACAGGAGCACAAGAGAAGAGGGAUCUGCAUGUGAUGGAGACAGACUACAGCCACUACGCUGUCCUGCACGAGGCCCAUCUCGGCGAGGCAGAGCCCAGCACGGCAUUGCAGCUCCUCACAAGGGAGCAGGACCUGAGCCCCCAGCUCCUGCAGAAGUUCAUGGAGCUCAUCCUCACCGUGGGCCUGACUAAGGACAUGCUGGCCAUCCUGCCCAAGUCAGGUGAGUGGCCCAAGGGCACAGGGUGGCAGCUGUGGCCCCUCUACGUGGGGGUUCAGGGUGUUGCCAAUGGCACACUCACCCCUCUCUUUGCUUUCCAACAGAUCAGUGCACCAGGGACAUCAGCUGAAGUACCAUGUGUCCUCUAGACCUAGUGAACAAUGGGCUCUGCACCCCACUCCAUGGUGCUCCUUCCCAUUCUCCAGGCUCUGCCAGACCCUCUGCUUCGUACCAGGAUCAUCCUCAACCUCCUAAAUAAAUAGAUGCAGAAACUGCUCCAGA